UUGAUACAAGGACUUGGCUAAACGCUUCGCUUUGUUUCUAAACCUCGACAUUAGAAGCUCGUUAAAGAAAGAAAAAGGAAAUAGUAUGAAAAUAUCGAGAAUUGGGGAAAUUUAUAUCGAUUUUGUUCUUUUAGGUAUAUUAAACAUAGGCAUCCAUUUGCUGCACUUGAUUUUCCGCCAAAAGUGAAGACUAACCAAAUUCAGACGUACGGCAUGAUAAUUACAUGUCCUGUCACGUGUGUGUUUUUAAAUCACCUAAUGCCAGGAAACUUUGUGCGCAAAUUGAACAACUGAACUAUUAACGGUUUUGGACAAUGACAUCAUGGGUGUAGACAUUGACACUUACCGCGGAAGAAUAGGCACUUUCAAAUUUGCAUAUGGAAACGAUGUUGUCACUAUUGUCUGUGUCAUAAAUCUGAGCGGAGGGAUAAAGGUUACUGGAAGUGUAUUGUUCAUUGGACUACUUCUUUUGAUAUCAGGCAUCGAGUCAAAUCCAGGACCGAGGGAAAACGAUGCCGAUCAAGAGCAGAGAACAAUACUUGUUGCUGGUAUACCUGAGGGUGUAGACAUGGAGCAUCUGCUAUUGGUAUUUAAAAAUGCCAGGAAGCAUGGCGGAGGAAAAAUCAGCAACAUACGUUUCAAUGAAGACGAUCGAUCUUCUUUAAUUCAGUUUGAACAAUCUGCAACUGUCCAGUCAGUUCUACAGAAGAGGCCGAUUGUGCUAUUCGGAUCAGUGGUAGAGGUAGAUGUUCUGACAACAGACGCAGGUUUUCGCUCCAGCGUGUGCACUUCUUCUACCGUAGAAGUUAAUGGAAUUCAGAUGGACUAUUCAGUAAAAGAGCUACUAGAAUAUUACUUUGAAGAUGAAGAUAGCUCAGGUGGAAAUAAUGUGGUUGACAUCAAAAUUACAAAGGACGGAAGCGCUCUGGUCACAUUUGAAUCCACUGCAGUUGCUCAAAGGGUGGUAGACAAGGGAACCUAUACUUUACGCCAGAAGCCUUUGAUUGCUGUACCAUAUACUACAGACGAUUCGUCAUGUAGUUGUAAUGAUUCAUCAACAGUCUCGAUGGAAAUCACAUCGGCCGGAAUAGCUCAAACGAAAGACACGAAUGUUGAUGUAAUGAGUGCAAUUAGUGCAAAGAGACAUGACGUAGACAUAGAAGACAUUCGUGUGGAGAUCAAAGUCUCUUGUGAUCAGACGACCGUUAUGGAACAGCCAGAAAGUGAUGAUGAAAUCAAAGGCGAUGCAAAAGUAACAUUAAAUCAGAUAUUAGAAAAAACUGCACUGACAGACAAAUACCCUGGAGGAAUAUCAGUACAGGACAUUAUGUCUAUAGAUCUUGAAGAGACUAGCCAACAACAAAAUACGUACGAGGGAUUGCCUUGGGUUUUACUGAAACGAAUAAUAAGCGUACAGAGUAAAGCACGAGAUCUUUCAAUAGCCACUGUUGGUAAGGAAAACAAUGAACAGGCAGAAGAUACAGAGAGUGAAGUUAACAUUUUUGAUCUUCUUCAAGUUGAAGAUACAACUCCCGAUAAUAAUAUUUUGUGUCCCUUUGACAUUUUUUUCAUUACCAUUCAGUGUUGUGAUCCGAUGCUAAAACAGCUUUUGUUCAAGAAAUUGCAUCUUUGUAAAAUAGCUCUCCCAUUCAUACAAUUCGAUAGGCUGUCAAGCGAAUGGGUAGUAUUAGUUUGGCCAUUUCGUUCUUUAGUUGUAGAAAGUAAAUUUUUAUCUCAAUCUCUCGAAACUAGGACCACUGAAAUUGAAAUACUUGAACUUCCUGUCAAGACAGUUACUUUUGCGAAUUUUGGUAGGCCACUCUACUCAAAGUCAAAGUUAAUGAAUGAUUUAUUAUCUGACGACAUUCAAGAUACGUUUUACAAUAUGAAUUGCUCACUAGGUAUGUCACAAAGAUGUAUUAGCAAUGGACAAGUAGAAAUGUUCUCGAUGCCGUUAGUAGGUAGUGGUAGAGGAAGGUUUGAAGAAGCGGUGACAUUUUUUAAUAUGAGAGGUAGUGUAGAAUCGGACUUUACAGAUGAUGUUACUGAGUGCAUUUCUAAACUCUCUGAUACAUUUGUUCUUGUGGUAGACAAAUCAUCUUUCCAAACUGAUGGUGAAGCUUUAACUAAAAUCGUUUCUUGUUUCACGUCUGUUAUAGUAAUUAUAGCAAAUUCGCUGGACAAAUCGGACAUGAUAAUACUUAAACAGUUUCGCGGGAAUUUACCCCCAAGUCUUUUGUUCAAGUUCGUCAGUAAAUAUAAGGGGGUCACACAAAUGAAUCCUAAAGAGAUGGUUGCACAAUUACAAAAUGUUUUAGCGAGUCAUUUUAGGGAAUAUAUUGCAAAAUCACUAGAUGAUCGCCUCAGUGAAUUGUCAAAUUUAUCCAAUGACGAGAAGGAACCCGAAUGUAUAAAGGGUAAAGAAAAAGCUCUGGGAAUUUUUCAGUCUAUGAAGAAGAUCCAAAAAGAAGGCCAGUGGAAACGUUCUAUAACGCCAGUACAUUAUAUUCAUUCAAAGAGACUCGGAUCCUAUAUCCAAAUGUUGUAUAGAUUAAAAGAUAUAAAAGAAACAUGUAAUGUUGAAAAAAAGAUUAAACAGUUAAGAGAGGAACAGCUCGAACAUAUAUCAGAACCUGUGAAAUUAUUUAUACAGUCAGUAGUUGAUGACAAUGAUUCACCAAGACUCAAACAAUAUUUCUUAAGAUGGCUUUCAAUAUUCUUAGAAAAUGAAAAGAGAAAACAACUGCCCCGAUUGAUUUCUCAAAAUCAAUUGCAACGUCAAACUUUUGCAGACUUAAAAAAUAAGACAACCCCUAACGAUAAAGAGUUAGAAUCACUGUCAAAUGAGAUUAUAAUGUCUCAAGAACUUAUUGAAGACGCAACCCUUGGAAUAGAACAUUUGUUUAGAGAAAUGGGGCACAUAUAUGAAACAUUUAUUGUUUUACAUAAAAGUCCUGGAGCAUUUGAACUACCGUCUGUUGAAACUUUAAUACAGGCAAUGGUUUUCUUUUUAAAUGAAGGACAUACUUUUGAAAUAGUUGACGGAGAUAAUUUUUAUUUACCAAGCAACUGGGUCCGGUCAGUUCUAGAGAAAAUGUCACAAAACAUUAAUAUGAAAAAGGUUUUUACUCUAUCUGUCCUUGGUGUUCAAAGUUCUGGAAAGUCAACGCUCUUGAACUCUUUGUUUGGUUCUCAGUUUCCUGUAAAAUCUGGCCGAUGUACCAGAGGAAUACAUAUGCAGGUUUUACCAAUUUCAUCCAGCAAUAACCUUCCGUUUCGUUAUGUGAUAGUUAUUGAUUCCGAAGGACUAAGAGCUACUGAGUUUAGUUCGAGAGGGCAUAGUCACGAUAACGAAUUGUCAACUGUAAUAGCGGGCCUAGGAGAUAUUACUCUUGUUAACGUAAUGGGUGAAAACACCACUGAAAUUCGAGACAUUGUACAGGUUGUUGUGCAUGCAUUUCUCAAGUUGAAACUUGUAAACAAACAACUAGAUAUCGGCAAAAUGUUCUACUUAGUACAUCAAAACGUGAUGGAUAUUUCUGCCCGGGAUAACAUGAGGACUGGGUUACAUGUUUUAAUGGAAACCCUUGAUCUUGCUGCAAAAGACGCUGGAGAAAUAGAGGGUACACGGGAAAUAACAACAUUCCGCCAAGUUAUUGACUUUGAUAUAAAUGCAAAUGUAUGGUAUCUGCCGAAUUACUGGCAGGGAAAUCCACCUAUGGCUAGAGUCAACUCAGAUUACAUCGAACGUAUUUUUGAUCAUAGGUAUAAACUACUUGGGAAAGCAUUGGCCUGCACAGAUAAGUCAUACAAAUCACUAAAUGACAUUUCUCUUCAUAUGCAAGACUUGUGGAAAGGCGUACUGACUGAGGACUUUGUAUUUUGUUUCAGAAAUAGUCUUGAAAUUAAAGCCUACAUACAUAUGGAAGAAGCCUUAAAAGAUAUCCUGAUUAAGUUUGAAAAUAUCAUCGAAAACGAACAUGUUAUAACUUCUCAAAAACUAUUUUCUGAGUGUAUUCAACAAAACCUAGUACAGAACGCAGCAGAUAAGCUAAUAAAACAAAUGCGUGAUGUUUUGACGGAAAAGAUGUCAGAUGCAAUAAUCGAAAUGAAAGAAUAUUGUGAGAAAAAUGAUUACAAAGAUACUAUUUUACAGUGGGAGGACUUUGCAAUUAAUCGUGUAAAGUCGCUUAGUAAUGAAUUGGAUGAUAGAAUCAAGAGGGAAACAGUUCGUUUAAGGGACAGAACAUGUGUAGAAUUAACAAUUAAAGAAAAAAGCUUACAACAUGAAGCCGAGCUGUAUGAAAGAUCGUUGCAGGUUGCAAAAGCUAUUAAAGGCGAAUGCCUUCACAUGGAAGAAAUUGAAAAUAAAUUUGAACAAACGUGGGAAAUUAUAAGCCGUGAAAUAAUUAACUUUGGAGAUUUGCAAGAUUCCACGGAGUCGCUAAGUGAUAAUUUCGAAAAAUGUCUAUUUGACAUAUUCAAUACAGAGAAACUUAUAUUAAAAUCAGAGUUGCAAAAGCAGACAGUAUGUCACAAACCAGGAGGUAAGUGUGAGGAACAUUUUCCUUGCACGUCUGUGUUUCGGGAUAUGAAAUCACUAACUGGGUCGUUCAGCUCGUCUGGAAUUGAUUUUGAUGACAUCAGCUUUUCAACUGAAAUUUACGGGGAAGAAAAUGAAGCCAAACUUUUACGUGUAGAAAACGUAGCUGACAAUAUAUUUGCAGAAACAGACACGACAGUUGAUACCUGCUUGACAGACAGGGACGAAGUUUCAUACAGAGAAGUCAGACGAGUUCUGCUAAAAGCCCACAAAGAAAUCCUACAAACGCAGAACCAAAAUGUUGGCUUUACUUUCAAAAUAACAGGUGUUGUAAAACUGUGCCUUCAUGUGAGUUAUUUUGCUCAUGCAAGAUUUAAAGCAUACAAUGCCGAAUAUGCAAAGAAUAAUGGCAUACAUGCAAAGCUUGAUAAAUACAAAUGUCAAGUAAGAGAACAAUUUAUUGCUUACGUGAAGGACCGUAAAGCAGAAGAAGCCGCCGCUAAGCAGAUCAUUGCAGUUUUGGAAAAUGUUUUGUGGGAUAAAAUAAAAGAACGCCUUCAAGUGACUAUCAAGACCGCUCUUAAGCAAAAUUUGCCCCAGUUGAAGUUCCAUUUAAUAGUAGAAGUUCUGGAAUAUAUGGCAAAUGCUGACGAUUUUGAAUCAUUUUUCAAGUACAUAAAGAACCCCAGAAAGUUUGUAAAACAGUGGAUGAAGGAAAAAGCGGAAACAUACCUAUUUGGUUCAAACAUGAUGAAUUUUUCACAACUGGCAACGGUUAUUGUAAAUGAAUUUUACGAUGACAUUAAACGAAGUGUAAACAAAAGUUGUGAUUUGUUCAGAACUGAGAACCCUUCGACAGAAAAAUGGAUAGAUAUGUUCACGAAACAUUUUUCGAAAUGUGCCAUUAGUAAAUCAGAAUUCCAAAAUAUUACAAAGUUUCUAUGUCAGAUAGAAGACAUAAGAAAUUUUAGCAGUAUUCUGAUUGAAAAUCUCAACGUUUCCGUUGAAAAUGUGAAACAGAAGUCAAAUAACCAAGCCAAACGAAUCGUACAAUUCACCGGACCUGACAGCCCCUUGAAACCCUUGUUUAAACAGGCAUGGGGAUGUCCUGAACAAUGUGCCUUUUGUGGGGAGCCUUGUGCCAAAGGUUUUAGUCAUAGUGGGACUAAUCAUUACAGUUUGCAACAUAGAAUAUCAUGUUGUAGCGGAGCACGUGAAGACUUCACACAUAAAGCUGCCAUAACUUCUUGUAAUUAUAAUGUGCAGUCUGUGCAAGUACACCAUUGUGAUCUUUUUGGUUUCCGCUGCAAUCCUCAAAAUAUGAAACCCUGCGAGUUGAAAUGGCACAAUUACAAAGACUAUAAAGAUUUUAUCCCAGACUGGGAUAUAGAACCAAACGCUAAUAUGUCCGAUUGCUCGAUGUUCUGGAUGUGGUUUGUUGCAACAUAUAAAUGUCAGUUGGCAGUUAAGUACAAGUAUGAUAUAUCAUGUAUACCGGAAGCGUGGGAUGACAUUACAAAAGCAGACGCUCUAGCAAAUCUAAGGAGGAUAUACACCACAUGAAGAAUUUCUUUCGUACAUACUAUUAAAGUAUGAUAUGAGAGGUGCAAUAACCUACGUUCCAUACGUAUUAAUGACUUAACAAAAUUUUUAAAAAUAUAUUAAAUAAAUUGUUUAUCUGCUGUCUGCUCGAUGGCAAUCAGUGGAGGAAUCGAUGGUUAAUGCCUGCCAUAAAGGGGUGGGGAUACCUGGAUUUGUUUUCCUUUUUCAUGUAGGCUUUUCAGUAGGUUUAAGGUAUGGUUUGCGCAAUUAAUUCAAAAUUAUUUAAGCCUAAAUUCAAUAAAGUAAUUUCACAGAAAUAUCGUCACAUCAAAACGUUACCUUCCACAAACUUAUUUUCUCAUGUACGACGUAUGAUACCUAUGUUUAAUAUAAUAUAGGUUAUUCAACAACCUUUUGCAACGUAUCUGAUUGGAAUCAUGGAAUGAUUUUAGUAUUUUGUAAUCGUUGUAAUGAGUUAUCUAUAUUGUCACAGAUGCAUUUUUCACAUUGCUCUGUGUACGUUACUUUUGUUCUUUCGUUAUUACAGUAUAAUAUUAUAUGUUUAGAACUUUGAAUAUGAGGGUUUGCUUCGAAUGGUCAAAUGUAUCUAAUAAUGCGUUUUCUAAGAAUCAUUCUUUUUUCUUUUUAUUAAUUGCAGAAUAUUGAUAUUACAAAAGUGUUUUAUAAACAUUCAUUUGCCAUUCCUUAAUUCUCAUAAACAUUUAGUUAAGGAUAAAAAUUCAUCAAAGUUUAAAUUAAGAAUCUUGGAAAUUUCGUAUGGCUAUAUCAUUAGCAAUCUAUUUAUUUCAUAAAACAUAAAGAGCAAAAGUAUAAGAGCGUGAAAUCAUAUUUCAUGUAAAUGUAAGUCACAAAAACUGUGUGAUAUUGCAUGUUGACUUUCAUCUUUUUUGUCCUUGUUUUAUCAUCAUAACUUAUAAUAUUUUUUUAUAUAUUCGAUUAUUAAAUGUUUCUUUUAGAUAAUUUGCUACAGUGUGUUUGAUAAUCUGGCAAGUUGAUGAAAUAAAGGAUCAGUUCCGUAAAGCAAAAAAAAGACAUAAUUGCAAUACUUUCAAAUGAUUAAUGUUAAACUUGUAUUAUGCUAGUGUUACGCUUGACAGUCGUAAGUCGUUACCAUUCUAUCAACCAUAUAUUUGCUUUUGUAUUCCUUUUAAUUAUAUUUUCGGAAAUUGUUCGGUGUGAAAUCACAAAGUUAUUGUAUAAUAGUAUAAUAUUGCUGUGUUACAAUUGUAAAAAUUCUUUUUCACUUUCGGAUUUCAAUAUUUAUCUAAGGUACGGAGAACAAUGUUGGAUAUUAAUAUUCGGUAUUUGAUUUCUUGUUAUAAUAGCCUAGAUUAAAUUGUAUUAUCAUUUUGUUAAGCAUCUUAGAAAAUUUUCUACUUUUGCCAUGUAUGCAAAUGUUUAACAUUAUUUUAUUGUAUAUAAUCACUGAAAUGUUCGGAAGUGUGUUUUUUUUUCUAUUUCUUGCCCAGUUUCAUAUUUGAAGUCAUAAUGGUAACUUCAAGGAUCUGAUGUAUGGGUAAUACUGGGAAAAUAACUCAUUAAACAAAGAUCUGAUGUAUGGGUAAUACUGGGAAAAUAACUCGUAAAACAAACAUCGGAUGUAUGGGUAAUACUGGGAAAAUAACUCGUAAAAGAAAGAUAGGAUGUAUGGGUGAUAUUGGGAAAAUAACUCGUAAAACAAAGAUCGGAUGUAUGGGUACUGUUUACUGCACUGUACUGUUUAUUGUAUAGUCUGAUCGUAUGUUCAGUAUAUAUCAUUUGUACCAGGGCCGGUGGUCAUAUAGUAAUAAACUGUUUGAGUUUGAGUUUAUUAAUACUGUGAAAAAGAAACUCAUAAAACAAAGAUCUUAUAUGGGUAAUACAGGGAAAAUUACUCAUAAAACAAAAACAAGAUGAUGACUUCAAAUACGCAGCCCCAUCAUUUUGAUACUGUAAAGCAUUGUUAUUAUGUAUGGAUGUGUAUGCAUCAUGAAAAUUAUACACGCAAAUACAUCUACCAAUAAAAACAUUUAGGUAGUGAAGACAAAACAAAUAAAGGAAAACAAUGGAGUGGAGCACCGCCAUAGAAUGGUCAAUGGCAAAAAGACCAUUUGGUAGUUUAAAUAGAUGAUGUCUGCACUAAAACUCACUCUUAACCUCAUAAUGUUUCAAAUUUACAUGACAGUGAAACUUGAACACGUAAUGUUAAAAAGCCUAGUAUAUAAAAUAUGGCAAUGUUCGUAUAAAAUUAUAAAGUACAUAAAGCCAAAUAAACCCUACACGCAUGCCCUUGCAGACGACAGAGAAUGAAGAGAAAUCCCAUUAAAAGCAAAACAAAACAAGUCAGAAGGCAGAUAUCGAAGCAGCUAAAUAUCAUAAGAACUGCCUUCCCGACCUUCUUUUAAUUAUUUCAUGUAAAUUCAGGCACCUUGGCUAUCUCACUUGAGUAAUUGUGUUUUAAGCCCCGUUGCUUCAAACUUUAAUUUCAUUAGGAGGCAAGUACAUGAGUUUAUAACCUAUGCGUUCCAACCCUUUGUAUCAUUUUGACUGUUACAGUUACUGUAUCAGUUAUAACAUCUUGUGUAGUUCAGGACUCAUGUUGUAUAAAGUCAAAAUCAUAGAUUAUAAUGCAGAUAACUGUUACUCAUCUGUCGCAUUUCGUAACCCUGAUUUUAUCUGAAUUAUUGUAUAUUUUGUUUAAAUGUACUCAAUUUGUAAUCACUGUUUUAUGAUAUUACAUUAUCAUUAUUAGAUAUUCUAUUUAUUUAUAUAUGUGGGCUUGUUGCAUUCAGGAGUAUCGAUACAUAUUUGAAGUAAUAAUUUCAAAGAAAUACGUCCUGAACAAAAAUAUCAUUGAACAUUGAUGUUUUAAUGCUUAUGAAAACAGACACAAAGAUGGAAAGAGUGUGUAUUAAUGAAUGGAAUCAAGAUUGCAUGUCUUAUUUAAAUGCUUUCUGUUAUCAUCCGCACUUACGUACCUUGAAAGGUACGCAUUUUAAAAGAAAUACAUUAAGAAAUCUGUCAUUUAAUGUGCAUACUGAAUAUUAAUAUUAAACUCGCUUAAAUGAGUUUCGUCAAAACGCCAUUUAUACAAUGGGAUUCAGGCUUUAUUUAUUUUUCAUUAGUACUAAAUAUUUCCAGUUUUUAAAAUGUAACCGUUACUGGAAACAUUUCAACAUAUAAUUUUCUAAAUGGUUAAAAUAACCAUACUGCUAUAUUCAGCGUAUUGAAUUAAUCUUUGGUUCAGAAACAUUCAUGAAAAGGCACGACAUAAUUGUUAAAAGUACACAGUCUUUUCUUUAUAAAGUUAAAUUUGUUUUCCAAAACGAUUUAUUCCUCAUGAUUUAAAUCACAUAACAUGUGAAAACAUAAAUAAAUUGCAUAUAUUAGAAAUUUGGUAACAGUUUACAUCGCCACUAGGUUAGGUCGUGUUAUUCAAGGUAUCUUAUUAGUGUUUAUUUUUUCCUAGAGAAAUUUUGUAGAAAAUAAAUUAGCAUUUUGAAUCGCCAUAUGAAUAAACCGAGUUGUUUAUAAUAUCUUCCUAUUGUUACUUUUCUGGAUAACUUUUGUUGGAAAUAGAUUAACACUUUUCCCUUAAUUGUAUAAAAUUUAAUUUUUAUCCCUCUUCUUUGUAAAUUGUUCUUAGUAGUUGGUUGAAGUUUAAUAUUACUGUGUUUGGCGAGAGUAAAUGAGGACUGAAACCAGUUUACUAAUCCAUUUUCUAUAUACUGUAACAGCAUACUCUAGAAACUAUAGCUUUAUUCAGUAGAAAUAAAUACAUUAGCAUAAUA